AUGGUAGGGUCGGCGCCAAAAGGGUGGGGGGGUAUGGUCCUGGCCGCCGGAGGCGGCCUGCUCGACGGGUGGGGGGGUAUGGUCAAUCGCUGGAGCGGCCACGUUACAACAGGGUUCGAACCCAGUACACAGCCGCCGUACACAGCCGCGGACACGAUGCCGACUCACAGCGGCCGCUUCGAUACUGUCGCGGGCCUUCUCGCCGCGACGCCGCCUCAACUUCGGCUCCUGGACAGCUCGCUGCCCGACGACGCCGAGCGCGCCGCUGUGCGCAGCUGCUGCGCUGGUACGCUUGCGUCUUGCAUCGCACAGCUCGACGCUGCGAUUGCACCGCAUGCCGUCCGCAUGAUGGACGGGAGGCUUCCGACAAGCGACGCUUUCCGUGGCGACGACCACGAUCUCAGCAAGCUGAAGGCGCUCAAAACUGUCGCCACGAUGCUAUGGCGCGGAGGGCGGCGUGCGAUGGCGGAGGCGGAGGUGGCGCCAGCGGAGGCGGCGGAGGCGGAGGCCGUUCCAGCGGAGGUGACCAUGGUUCCAGCGGAGGUGACCAUGGCGGAGGCGGCGCCGGCGGAGACCGCGCCCGCGCCCGCGCCCGAGGCAGCUCACUGGCGCGGCGCAGUCGCCGCCGCCGUCGUCGCCUACGAUGGCGCCACGGGAGAGCAUGUCGCAGUGCGCGAGGCGAGGCGGCGCAUCGAGGCGGCAGUGGCCGAGAUUGGCGCGUGCGGGGUCGGGGUCGGGUUGCCUGUGCGACGCACGAUCGCCCUCUACGAGGACGGUGGCCUCGGCCUCUAUCCAAUCAACGCGGCACGAAACGCUGCGCUCCGGCUCGCCACCACCGAGCUCGUCCUGCUCCUCGACGUCGACUUUCUGCCGUCUACUGGCCUGCACUCUACCGUCGCGGGGAGCGCGGCCGAGCUGCGCCGCCGGUGCGUGGAGGAGCGACGGCUGCUGGUCCUGCCAGCCUUUGAGAGCUGCGCAGACGCCUGUGAGGCCGCGGCACUCGCAGCCGGGGGCAAGCCGGCGCUGGCGGCGGCGGUCGUGGCCGGCCACGCCCGAACUUUCGCGAGCGACGGCCGCUGCGGCGACACCUUCCCCCAGGGCCACCGCGCGACCGACUCGAAGCGGUGGCUCGCGACAGACGGUGCCUACUCGGUCGAGCACGAGGAGGGGUUCGAGCCGUUCGUCGUUGCCUCGCGCCGGCUGGUGCCGCCGUACGACGAGCGCUUCACCGGCUUUGGCAGAAACAAGAUCCUCCAGCUCUGGGAGGCGGCGCGGCUCUGCGGCUUCACCUUUGAAGUCGUGCCGUCGCACUUCGUCGUUCACGCGCGCCACGCGGCCUCGCACGCGCAGCGGGCCGUGCUCGGCGACCCGGCGGCAGCGGAGCCCGGCCCUCGGCUGCUGCCGAGCAUCAAGGCGCUGUACGACCGCGCGAGGCUCGAGAGGCUUCGCGCGGCGUGUGGCAGCGGCGGCGGCGGCGGCGGCGGCGGCGGCGGCGGCGGCGGCGGCGGCGGCGGGGCAGUCGAGCCGAUGGGCUGCUUUGAUGUCGGGGCGGCGCUCGCGAGCGACACGAGCGAGGCGGAGGCGCUCGCCAUGUACGAGCUGCGCUUCCGAUUCGGCGAGGCGAGGCUCGUCGCGGCGCGCGGCGCGGGCGGCGACGGGUCGUGGCUUCGCAGCCGUCUUCGGCGCGCGCCGACCGACAUCACGCUCGUGACUUGCCUGACGGAUGACCGGAUAGAGAGGCUCGCCGCGCAGUGCUCGCUGUGGAGCGGCGUCGUGUCCGCCGCGGUGCUCCUGCCGAGGCGGCCCGCCGCCGCGUGGCGCGCCCGGGCGCGCCUCUCCUCGCUCCACGCCAAGCUCGAGCGAGAGGGGAGCGGCUGCCGACUCGACCUCACCCUGCUGAGGCCGGCUCGCCGGGGCAGCUCGUGCGGCGGCAGCUCGUGCGGCGCCGCGCCGCUGGUGCCGAUCAACGCGCUUCGGAACGCGGCACUCGAAGCGGCGCGCACCGACCUCGUCCUCCUGCUCGACGUCGACUUGCUGCCGAGCAAAGGGCUGCACGAGCGGCUCUGCGCGGCCCGGCUCCGCCGCGCCCUCGCUGCUAGCUGCGAGGCGGGAGAGGUGUGGGUGCUGCCAGCCGUCGAGAUGUCCUCGACGGGCGCGCGCCAGGCUAUCAGCCUCGAUUGGGAGGCCAAGGAGGCGCAGGCCGAGGUGGCGACGGGGGCGGAGCAGGCGCAGCAUGCGACGGGGGCGGAGCAGUUGCAGCAGGCGACGGGGGCGGAGCCGAUGGAGGAGCAGGACGAGGAAGAGGACGAGGACGAGGACGAGGCGGAGGCGAUCAGACGUUCCGUGUCGAUCGCUUGCCUUCCGCUUGCCGCCGUAGCUCAGCGCGUGCGCUCGGGCGCGCUGCGCAGCUUCCACUCUCUGCACUAUGAGCAGGGCCACGGCGCGACUGACUUGUCUCGCUGGGCCGACGAGGUGGCCUCCGCUGGCGACGCCGGCGACGGGUCGAGUGCCGACAGCGGCGAAUGCACCGACGGAGGCGGCGAUGGCGGAGACGGCGAGAGCAUUGGGUACGCGGUUGAGUUUGAGGAGGGCUACGAGCCGUUCGUGCUCGCUUCGCGCCGCCGCCUGCCUCGCUACGAGGAGCGGUUCCGAGGGUACGGCUUCGACAAGGUCUUCUUCUUCCUCCAGCUGCACGAGCAGCAGCGGCCACGCUUCCGCGUCCUCCCCUGCGGCCUCGCCGUUGACGUGCCGCACCGCCGCUCUCCCGACUGGCACGCCACAUUCCGCGCCGCCGAUUCGCGAGGUCACCGCCUCCAGCUCCUUCGCACGCGGGCGCUCUACUCGCGCUGCAAGCGCGAGCUUGCGUUGCAGCGGCAGUUUGCGGCCGUGCUCGCCGCCUCGGACGACGCUGCCGCGAUUGCGUGCUUGCGGGCCGUCGACGCACGCGAGUCGCUCUCGCUGGGGGGAGCUGGCGCCGCUUUUGCCGCCGCGCAGCUUCCUCCUACCGCCUCCGCCGCGCUGUCUGUGCAGACGCUAUGCUGGCGAGGUGAGCUGGUCGCGGAGGCAGCGGCGCCGCUCGACGCGCGGCUGCGCCUCGCCGCGCUGCUCUGCACUUCGGCGACGGCGACCGGCUUGCCCCCGACGCCGGCACUGGCGGUCGCGGUGGCGGUCGAGGUGGGCGCUUCGCCCCCUCGCGCCGCUGUCGCAGAGGGUGUUCCCCCGCCUUUGCUCUGGGGCGGCGGGGGCGGCUGGCGCCUCCUCACCACUCGCGGCAUGCGCAACUGCGCUGUCGUGUAUGGGCCGUCCCUCCCCAAGGCGGGGCCGACCCAGCCCGGGACGGAGGCGGCGGCGAUGGCAGCGGCGGCAGGAGCGGCUCCCUGCUCAGUGGCCCCAGCGGAGCGGCUGCGCGUCGCCCUGCCACGCGGCAGCUGGUCCCCAUUUGCGACCCUCGCGUCCGGCCUCGAGGUUGGGGGGGUGGCGGUGCGCGCGCACGCACGGCUCCCUCCGGGGACGGACGCCGCAGCCCUCUCCGCCGUGAGCUACGCCCUCCGCUUUCCCAGCGGCUUCGAGUGGGCCCUCGGGGGGACUCUGCCGGGCGUCUUCCUCGACAGCGGCCUGCGCCUCUCCCUCGGGUGGCGCGCCGCCGGUUGCGGGCACGUCAGCUUCACGAGCCCUCGCGGCGGCGACGCUGGCGCCGUGACGCGGCUGGGCACUUGGCAUUGGGUGCCGGAUCGGUGGCACUUUGUGGUGAUUAGUCGGUCGGCCGCAGUCCCCAGCGGUGCGGAUCGGCGGUUCGCGGUCUACGUCGACGAGCAGCCCGUUGCGGUCGUCGAUCCGCCACAGAGUGGCCCGCUCAUCGGCGCUGUCGUGGCGAGCCCGCCGGAGCCGCUCGGCUUGCUGCUCACCCUCUUCUUUGGCGGCGCGACGGACGAGUGGGCAACGCCGCGCGACACGCACGUCGAGGUGGGAGGGUUUACGUGUUGGAAGACAUGAGUCGCGGGUCUGGUCGUGGUGUGAGAGUUUCUGCAACACCACGAUCGCGUGGGCCGUGGCGCUGGGGCCCGGGCGCUGUUUCUCUAAGUGUUUCUCUACUUC